AUGCGUUUUGUCUACUCCGCUGCCGCCGCUCUCGUCGCUGUUUUUGCUGCCAGUGUCGCGACUUCGACUAGUGCCGACGCGAACGCUCUCCUCGAGUCCGACGUGUCUCUUGUCGGUCGCGUGACGGACGGCAACGCCUACGACGUGGACACGCAGAGGCUUCUGCGCGAGUCAUUCGACGACGAUGAGUCGUCGCUGUUGGUGGAAUGGGAGGAGAGAGCUAAUAAUGCAGUAGUUGCUACAGAAGCGGCGUCGGUGGCUGAAACGGCUGCUAAAAAAAUUGGCCUCUGGGCCAGAGGAGUGGACAAAGGGUUGGAUUAUACGGUCGCCGCGUCGAAUAGACUUGCGAGCUUCAAUGAGAAGUACAAGGUCUUGGGGAAGCCGAUCAAGUGGUGGUCGUCGCUUUUCAAGUGGCUGUCUGGAAAGUCGCUUUUGCAGAAGUUCUUGAAGAAGUUCAAGGAUAUUAAGAUCGAAGAUUCAACGAUCGGGGACCGCUUCGAGGCGUCUGUGAAGAGGCACAAGAAGGUUCUCGUCGUGACUGAAGAUGCCGGAACUGCCGAGACUGCUGGGGCUACUCGCGCUGUCGACCCCAACGGAGUAGCGAACGCGGGUGGUCGCCCUACUACAGCUGAGCUAAAUCCACUUGCAAUGAAAAAUGUUGCUAGAGCUGCAGCUGGCGAUGCGGAUCUCAUCACGAAGAAAGUGCAGGAUCUCCAUCAGGAGGGCUAUCGCAUGAUUGCGAAAGCCUGGGAAACGGGGAAAUACCAAAUGGUGGGCCCUGAGAAAAUCAAAGCGUUUGAGACCGGUUGCAUGAACACUAUAAACCAGCUCGCUGACCUAGAAAAAGCUGUCACGAAUAAACUCAAAGAAGCGGAUGAUGGUGCCAUUAAAUCGGCAUGGGACUUGAUCGACAAUUGGCGCCCGGAUUUCGUUAAUCACGUUGAAAAUAAUGUGUUACGGGCUUUGAGGACAGUGAACGACAACAAGGAGGUCAAAGCUAUCAGGGAGGAGAUCAAGACGUUCGUUGACAACCUUCCACAUCGAAAGCUGGACGAACUUGAGACAAAAAAGAAUUUCAGGGAUGUAUGA